AUGGUGCCCAAUGGCUUUGAUUUAGCAGGUUAUGAAGAACAAAGCACAAGUAUUUUUAGAAAUGAGGAUCGGUUCAUCCGUGCAAAUCCGCACAGGAAGAUUGGAAUCAGGAGGAGGAGUCAUGGCAGACCAUGCAGUGCUGAAAAUGAGCCAGAAGUGCCUCAGUUGUGCUGGCUUUCUGUAAAAAUUAUAGGCAUGAGAAAUCUUCGCAAAGCAGAUCUGUGGAGCCAAACUGAUUGCUAUGUCAAGCUGUUGCUGCCAACAUCUUCACGUCAGGAAGCCCAGACAAGAACUGUACACAACUGCAGAAGCCCUGUCUGGAAUGAAACUUUCCACUUCGUGAUACAGAGUGAAGUAAAGAACAUCCUGGAGCUGACAGUCUGUGAUGAGGACACUUUUACACCAGAUGACCAUCUCAUGACUGUUCGCUUUGAUGUGGCUAAAAUCCCACCUGGAGAAAAAGUUCGCCUGAAUUUUGAGUUGAAUCCAGAGAAUCAGGAAGAACUAGAAGUGGAAUUUCUACUGGAUAACAUACCUGGUGUAUCUGAGAAGAUCAUUACUAAUGGUGUACUAGUGUCUCGUGAAGUUUCCUGUUUAGAAGUACACGUGAAUGAAACAAAAAUGAAGAAUUCUUACAAAAGGAGAGAUUUCACCUUCACAAUGAAAGGAUCCUAUGAAGAAACCCAGGAUAUUUCCAUAGGUCCUCACUCCAGACCAGGAAGAAGUGAAACCACCAGGUUCCACUACAUCAAGCACAGCCAACCCAGGCUGCUCAUGACUCUGCCAAAGGAGUGUUUUCUCUGUUGUGUGCUUGUGCUGUUCUUACGUUCUAGUUGCAAGGAUUUAGAUUUGCGGCUGGGGUUUGGUCUGUGCGUGGAGGAGCAGGAUUUCAUCCGUAAAAGGAAGAAGGUGGUUGCUGCUGCUCUGAAAAAUGUUCUUCAUCUAGAUGAAGACCUGCAGGAGGAUGAGGUGCCAGUGGUGGCAGUGGUGACUGCAGCGGGUGGAGUGCGGUCCAUGACAGCGAUGUUUGGCAGCCUCCUGGCUCUCCAGGAGCUGGGUGUUCUGGACUGUGUGUCAUACAUCAGUGGUUUGUCUGCCACAACAUGGACCAUGUCAAAGUUAUAUGAAGAUGAAAAUUGGUCACAAAAGGAUCUCAGAGGGCCAGUUGGUGAUAUCAGGAAACACGUGACCAAGAGCAAGCUGCACUGUUUCUCUUUGGAUCAUAUGAAAUACUAUGAAAAUGAGCUUUGUAAGAGAAAGCAAGAGGGGCACAAGGUGUCCUUUACAGAUUUAUGGGGACUCUUUAUUGAUUGUAUGCUACAUCAUCAGGAAAAUACUCACAAACUCUCGGAUCAACAACUAGCAGUCAAUCAGGGGCAGAAUCCUCUCCCCAUAUACCUAUCUCUCAAUGUCAAGGAUGACUUUAGCACUUUGGAUUUUAAAGAGUGGGUGGAGUUCACACCUUACGAGGUGGGUCUCCUGAAAUAUGGGGCCUUUGUUCGUUCAGAGGAUUUUGGUAGUGAGUUCUUCAUGGGUCGCCGGAUGAAGAAGAUCCCAGAAUCCCACAUCUGCUUCUUGGAAGGCACAUGGAGUAAUAUUUUUUCUCAGAGUUUUAUGGAUGCUGUCUACCUUUCGGGUCAUUCAGAACACUUCUGGCACAGAUGGACUCGAGACACUGAGCAUGACAUUGAGAACCAUCCUGCUCUGCCCAAGAAGCCUCAUGAACAGACAACCUGCUUAUCCAUUCCCAAAGGCUACCUUUCCAAAACUCUUCGAGAGAUGAUGACUGGGCGGCCAGUGGUUUCAACUUAUCAUAAUUUCCUCAAGGGCUUGCAGCUACAUAACAAAUAUUUGGAGAAUGAGAGCUUUUGCAUGUGGAAAGACACAGUGCUGGAUUCUUCUCCCAACCAGCUGAAUGAAAUGAGUGACUACCUCAAGCUGAUAGAUACAGCUUUCUUCAUCAACACCAGCUGCCCACCAGUUCUGAGACCAGAGAGAAAAGUGGAUGUCAUUAUCCACUUAAAUUACAGUGGAGGAUCACAGACUCUGCCACUGGACCUAUUCUCAGAGUACUGUUUGGAGCAUGGGAUCCCAUUCCCCAGCACAGAGCUGAGCCAGGAAGACCGGGAGCACCUGAAGGAGUGCUAUGUGUUUGAGGACAACUUAGAGGCACCAGUCUUGGCCUAUUUUCCACUGGUGUGUGAUACCUUCCAAAAAUACAAGGCACCGAAUGUGGAGCGCAGUCCCGCAGAGAUGGAGCAGGGAAGAGUGGAUGUGUCCAACUGUGCUGCUCCCUAUGGCACUGGCCUGCUUACGUACACUGAGGAGAAUUUCAACAAGCUGCUUAACCUGUGCAGCUACAACAUCCUGAAUAACAAACACUUAAUUCUACAGGCUUUGCAAACUGCAGUGCAACGAAAGAAGCAACUUAAAAACUAUUCAUCACCUAAUUCAAAUAAACACUCUUAA